CACCUCCAGAGAACGUUCUUACAAUCGUUGAAAAUUUAGUGUACCUAUUCAGUUUUGAAUUGAAACCACAUAAUGGCACCAAUAUCAAAUGAAUGCAUCCCUUCAGACUCUGACCUAAAUUCGGAUAUGCAUUUAGCUGUGAAAGAUGGUAAUAUCAAUAAAGUUUAUGAGUUACUUCGAUAUCGUCCUGAUUUAAACGAAAUAAACAGUAAACAACAAACACCUCUACAUUUGGCUGUAGAGAAUGGACAUUACCACCUAAUCAGUCAUCUAGUAUUCCAUGGUGCUCAUAUAGAAAAACAGGAUUUGAUUGGUAACGCACCAAUUCAUAUGAUAAGGGUUUGCCCAAAACAAAUUGAGUGUUUGGAACAGUUAGUUCUUUGUGGAGCCCAUAUCGACAGAAAAGACCGUUUUGGACGCACCUUGUUACAUUUGGCAGUAAAAGAUGGUGAGAUAGAAUUGGUAAAAAAACUACUGAGGUUAGGAGCAUAUGUAAAUAGUACUGAUAUAUAUGGUUUCGGUGUUUUACAUUAUUUUGCUGGAAGGACCUCGAUAACCGAAGAAGAAUCUGACCUAAUCUCAGUGAUGCUAAGGGAGAAUUACAUAGAUGUGGACAAGAAAAAUCAAUUUCAGCAGACACCAUUAUUUAUCGCAUAUAAAAUGAAUAAUAUUCGAUUUGUUCGAGUUAUUUUGGCCCAUAAGGCUGAUUUCACGCUGAAAAUGAACCGAAUAUUAGAUCAUUCCUUAUUGUUCCUAAAUUGGAGGUACCAAAAUGGGGAAAUUUGUGAGAUUUCUUGAAUAAUUUUGUGAAAAAAAGUCUAUGAACAUAGGCCCGCAAACGCUUUGUUUACGAGAUACAGGGCGUUUCUUGCAGGCCUACUUUCUUGUGAAUAUUAUACCAGUUUAUCAAAUCUUCGCUACAGCUUGGGUGAAUAAGUACCAAAACCUAAAAUUAGUUAUUUUAUCAAAACUUACUAACUGGAUCUUUAUAAUGAUUUGGAUUUUCCUGAGUCACUAGAGAACUGUCUUGAAAUUUUUUCUAGAAAUCUGUGGCAGAUACGAUAGAACUACAAGAUAUUGAAAAGUGUAGUACUGUAGUACGCUUUUUUUUUUAAACUAUCAGUGGCUUACCAGAAAUAAGUUCUAGCGGAAAAAAGCACACAUUGUUCUCAGAAAAAAUAUCACCCUGUAGAUUUGCAUUUAAAAUCAAUCAUUUUUUCAUUUUUCUCAAAAUGAUCCAAGGAAUCUGUCAUAUUUGUUGGUACCUUUAAUUUAGCAUUAUCUUCUAUGUCUAUUUGUUUGUAUAAAAUAAAUUAUAAUAUAGUAUUCAAAGUUU